GGAGAGUGUCUCGCGCGACGUCGAGUUCGCGAACGGUCGUCGUCACGUGACCGCGCGGGAAGAACACGAAAUUGGCCGGUGGUGUUAUGGUCGGCGCGUUUUCGUUCGCGAGACGAAAGGAGGGCAGCGAUGCUGUGCUGCCGUGGCCGCAGGUGAAUCCCGGGGACGAUAGGUGCGCGGAGCUCGCGAUUGCCGAACAAGGGUGGUCCAGUAGGUUCGCCGGUAGCUGCUCGCGCCUUCACUCGCCGCACACCACCAGCGUCGUCAUCGGCGCGGAGUCCGCCGUCGCCGCCGGCAUGAUGUCGCGAAGUCUGCCGACGAGACGCGGUCUGCAGGCGUUGGUGCUCGUGCUCGCCACCUCCUACGCCACGAUCUUGCUCUAUCAGGCUGUCGCACAGCGCCAGUGGAUCGACGAGGUUAACGUCGCGGAAGUGAGCAGAAGCGUGAUAGUGGAAGCACCCGCGUCGAGGAGGAUAAUCAGCGAGGAAUCGCCGCCGGUGACGCCGCCGGUGGCGACGGCGACGAUGGCACCGUACGCCACGAACCUCGACGACGUGUUUAUCAGCGUGAAGACCACCAAACACUAUCAUCACUCGCGCUUGCCGGUCAUCAUCGCCACGUGGUUUCAAUUCGCCAAGAAUCAGACCUGGUUUUUCACCGACAGGGAGGAUCCGUAUUUCCAAAAUCAGACCAACGGCCAUAUGAUCGACACCAAGUGCUCCUCCUCGCACAAUCGGCGGGCCCUCUGCUGCAAGAUGUCCGUCGAAUUCGACCGAUUCCUCGCCAGCAACCGAAAAUGGUUCUGCCACUUCGACGACGACAAUUACGUGAACGUGCCGCGCCUGCUGAAGCUCCUGGACAACUAUAACCCGCGCGAGGACUGGUAUCUCGGCAAGCCGUCGAUACCUUCGCCCUUGGAGAUCGUCAGACAAGGCCCGGAGCCGCAACGACGACCGCAAAAGGUGAAGUUCUGGUUCGCCACGGGCGGCGCCGGAUUCUGCAUCAGCCGGGCGUUGGCAUUGAAAAUGACUCCGGUUGCCGGAGGCGGUAAAUUUAUUACCGUUGGCGACAAAAUCAGGCUGCCAGACGACGUGACGAUGGGUUAUAUUAUCGAGUACCUCCUGAAAAAGAAUCUCACGGUGGUGGACCAGUUUCACUCGCAUCUGGAGCCAAUGAAAUUCCUCAACAAGGAUACUUUCCACGAACAGGUCUCUUUCAGUUACUCCAAGGGAUCGAGAGACGAGUGGAACAUCCUGAAGAUCGACGGUUUUGACUUGAAGGACGAUCCUAAGAGAUUCAAGUCGAUCCAUUGUCACCUGUUUCCGCACGUUCCCUACUGCCCGCACAGAUGAUGAAGAACGCGCGAUGGACGUGUGAAUAAAGAACAGAAAAGACAAACGUCCAAAAGCGCGUCCGAAUCACCGUCGCUGUUAGGGAAGAAAUGAAGACGGGACUGAUGGGCCGUCGUAAUGAAGACGGUGUAGAGCUUGUUCUCCUUUUGCACUGAGGAAACGUACGUAAGAUGGACAUGUGUAUUUUAUUAAAUAUCGAUCGGUCGCGCGCGCGCACGCAAAGAAUUUCAACGAGACUCGCGAACACGACUCUCGUCGUGUCGAGCUCUCGCCGUUAUUCUAUUUAGCGAAAUAUAUGUUACGGCAAGAGUAAUUGACUGACGAUGAUUCUAUAAAAUCGUCAGCGAUUCUAUAGAAACGCUGGCUGUGUUUCUACGUCGUGCGUGUAGAGGAGAUCUCGUUGGCGUUCCGUUGAUUUAUUUAUCAUAAGCGAAAUAAUGGAGAAGAAAUGUCAAAGCUGCUUCUCUCAGAAUAUAUAAAGUAUAGAUAAUUUUUUUGAGUUUGUUAACAUUUGAGAAGUGUGUUCCUUCCAGGUCUCCCCUACAUACGUAAUGAGAUCUUUAUGGGAUCUAUUAUUGUUUAUUUAUGAUAUUUCGGCAGAAUCUACGUAUCGAAUUUCUGCAGAAUUAUCGGAGAUGGAUUUACGGCAAAUUCAUUUAAUCACUUUUACCGUAACAUAUAUAUUUAUAAGUACCGUACGUGAUUUUUCUCGGUUUGCAUUCCGAUAGUGAUCUCUCCGCCUUCGAUCCGGCGAUGGAGAAGCGAAAAAAGCGGCGAAUGAAUGAAACGUCUAUUUUCGAGGCUAUCGAUUUAUGCAAGCGUCCUUUUCACUUUAUUUAUCAAGGCUGAACACACAUGAAAAGUUAACACUUUGUGACUGCCCGUGACAAGCGUAUCAAUCGCGAGGAAUCCGAUAUCGGCUUGCAUUUCUUCAUUUUUAUUUUUUUUCGUGUAGAAAAUUGUCAUAUUUUCGCGUGAUCGUUGGCUGUUAUCGAGGCUCGAAAGUCGAAUUAGAAUUUUACCCGCGUCUACCUCGAUUUUAAUUACAACCAGACGACGACGGCGAAUUUUUAUUUUGCGGGCUAUAUUGUAUUCACUUCUUGCGGAAAUGUUCUUUUUUAAAUUCUCUUUUAAAUUUGCGGAACUGCGAGAUUACCUAGCACACUGGGUAAUUAUUCUCAUCGCGAAGGAUCUUCCGUGUCCCGGUUCAACGUAAAGUUGCCAUUGACGUAACGUAUAAUUAAUAUUUAUUUGUGUGGAGUAGUCCGCAGGUGAAGACAGGAAAAUACACACACACACACACACACACGCAUACGCACGUACACACGGCGGGCAGGAGAUAAUGAAAUAGAGAUGUAGCGUUUCUCGUAAUUUCUCCACGGGGUACAUAAUGGUGGAACUUCCACGAGUAGGUGUAUACGACAGCUGCGUCUGUGCAAUAUGAUGCAAGAGAGAGAAUUGUACAUAAGAUGCAUAUAAUUAUAAUUCGCUGACGGCCUCGUCGGCGCGAAAUGGAAUUAAGCUAGUCCCUCGCAAAAAGACAGACAGCUGUAUAUAAUGUGAUAUUUAGCGCGCGCGAAUGUUCACUUCUACACACGCGUACACCCUCCGGCGUCUCUCUUUCGUAGUGUCACGUGUCGUAGCUCUCUUUUCUUCUACACGUAAGAAAUAUUUAUAAGCGACGUGAGUUGUGAAUACGUGUGCAAUAUCGAGUGCAGGGAGUCGCUCGUUUCCAAAACUGUGCGCGGAAUCACUUCCUAGAGACCGUCGAGAUUUCAAUAAUAACAAUCAUAAUACUGCUGCAUUAUUAUUAUUGUUAACGAUUUUAUCGGUGUAUAAUCGUGUAUCGGACUUAGUAGUGAAAUUCGCAAAAUUUCGUUUACACUAUUUGGAGAACAAGCGACUCUCGUUGAAGGAGGGAGCGAGGUGAACGUUUAUAGUCAUAUAAAAUAGACUCUAUGUUAUACCUGUCGUAGACGGAACAGUGAAAGGAGAAAGAAAAAAGGGGGUGAGAGAGAAAGGGGGAGAAAGGGGGACGAAAUGAAGGGGAACUCUCCUUCCUCGUUUUCGUAAGUCGAAUAUGCGCAACAACUGCCCGUUGACAGCUCGCGCAACACGAAAUACGUGUUCAGGGAGUUCACGGUAGUUGGCCAAUACUGUCAUUAAUAUGUGCACAGUGCGAGACAUAUGUGUCUUGCCUUUCUCUCUCUCUCUCUCUCUCUCUCUCUCUUUCACUGGGUGCUUUUCUCUCUCUAUCAAAGUCACCGUCCUGCCAAACUCCACGUGUGCUGUUAGAAAAGAAAGGCACACAACGCGCUUCGAGCCUAUUCUUAUAUGUCUAUUUAAGCAUCGACGUAACAUCUCGUUGGAUCUCGAUACAUUUAUCACGAUAGCACGCGUUAUCAUAGAGAUACGCUCGCGUGAAACGCGACACGUCGAGCGAACGCGAAAGCUGCGACGUUGUCCACGCUGUUAUCAUUACGCCGAUAUAAUAAUAACGAAAAAUAUAUGAGAUGUAUGAUAUAUUGAUUAUAUAUAU